CACCGGUUACAUCAUCGGGGAGCAUGGCGACUCCAGUGGUUAGUCUCACCGGUUACAUCAUCGGGGAGCAUGGCGACUCCAGUGGUUAGUCUCACCGGUUACAUCAUCGGGGAGCAUGGCGACUCCAGUGUGGCAGUGUGGAGUGGGGCCAAUGUGGCAGGGAUUGAGCUACAGUCAUUAAAUCCUGAUCUUAAAAGAGGUCAAGACACUGAGGGCUGGCUAGAAAUCCACCAAAAAGUUGUUGAGAGUGCCUAUGAGGUCAUCAGACUGAAGGGCUAUACCUCCUGGGCAAUUGGGUUGAGCGUGUCUCAUCUUGCACAGUCCAUUCUGAAGAACCUCAAGAAUGUACAGCCAAUCUCCACACUGGUAAAGGGCCUGCAUGGGAUCAAGGAGGAGGUAUUCCUUAGUCUGCCCUGUGUGUUGGGCUCAGCCGGGGUAUGUGGCGUGAUCAACCAGCCAUUGAAGGAACUGGAGGUCCAACAGCUGAAACACAGUGCCCAGACCUUGUGGGACCUUCAGAAGAAUCUUACCCUUUGACUUGUGACUCAUGGAAACCAUGAUUUCAUGAGCAAGAGCAUUCAAAUCACACAAUGACAAUUAUGUAGGUAUACUUAUUCACUUUCAAUACCUACUGCUGUGUCAGAUGUGUGAAUAUGACAUUAUAAAAUAGUAAUUAUAAUUCAUAUAAUAUUUGUUUAGGUACUAAGGUAUUUUAUUCAUAGGUAAGAUGGGUUACAAUCUAUUAAUAUACAAAAUGAUGAAUCAUUUAAUUACGACAGGAUCUUUUAACAUGAUCUGCAUUUAGAAUGAACUGUUAACUAAUGUGUUUUAUAAUCACGGGCACUAAAGUGUAGAUAUGGCUGUGUUGGAGCAAUGAUUACAAUGUGUUUAGUACAUAUAUUCCACUGUUUUUUCCAUGACUGAAAAAUUCCAUCAUUAUUUUAGGCUGUAUUUUAGGUAGUAGAAUCACUACAACUAACAAAAUAUUCCUGUGUGCACCUGUUUUCUGAUCCAUCAGAAUUGUUCCUAAUACUGGCCAACAGCUAUGGCCAAGUGGCAUGGACCUUAGACGGGAGCCUUAGCAAGCAUCACUACUGAGUUUCAGUGAAACCCAAAGGGCAAAAAUGUGCAAGUAACUACAUUAUGACAUUUGUAAGGAGGAAUCAGACACCUGGAAUAAUACAAGGGAUGAACACAACUGACACACAAGUAUGCAUUCACUGUAUAAAGUGAUACACAUGGCAAUUUCUUGUCAUGAUAGCACAUAAGCAUACUUAUUUUAUGUGCACUAAAAAAUGACCUUUUUAGAAUUAGUAAUAAUACUUACUAACUCCGGAUUCACCAUAAUCUGAAAGUGUCUCAUUGGCAGACCAUGGAUAACUAAAUGACCACAGGUUAAAUGUUGAAUGGGUUACUGUAGAACAGGUUUACUGUGUGCUAUGUUCCUCCACAUGUCCUCACUGAAAUGAAUUUCCACAACUUUAAUGAAUUCCUCCCAAAAUUGUCUUUUUUUGUCCUCCUACACAGUAAUUAAAAACAAUGACCCAUAGACAGUGUAUAUUUUGCUUCAUUACCUAUGCCUUUGCUUAAAGUAAUAUAUUACUAUACUAUAUAAUUACUUAUAUAUGAUAUAAUCAGAUAUCACCUCCUUCCUCAAUACCAUAGAUUUACCCCAACUUAAAAAUACGGUGGCACUGAAGAGGAAAACACGAAAAACGAGCGCUCCUGAGAUGCCAAUCCAGCCAGUAAAUUGCGGAAAUACAUCAUCACCUACUUUACGUCUUUGGUAACGGUGUAGUUUCCGGAAGACUUGACAAAUGACCGCUUUCAUGCGAAAUCCCAUCUUCGAAUAUUUUUCACUGUAGCGAUAUGUUUUAUCCAUUAAAUACAUAUAUUUAACUCCAUAUAUUUUCUUUGAUUAUUACCGUACAUAAAAUACCUUUAGUAAUGUUUUAAAAAGGUGUUCACAUUUAGCUGGAUAUUAUAACUGACGUUUUAUUCUGGAAUUGUUUCAUUGCAUUAUUAAUGUAGGCUAUAUUUAGCUCGAUUAUAAACAUAUAUAUUUACUUCAAUAAGUGGUUUAAUGAUUAUAACCACAUAUUUAGCGCCAUGGCUACAUGUUUUAUUGACUACUAACUUGCCUACAUUAAAUACGUUUACGAAGGUAUUAAAAAGGUAUGUUUCAUUAAUUAUGUUGAAAAGAAGUUCAUAUUUAGUAUAACUGGCAUGUUUUGUUAUGGUUUAACCAACAUAGGCCUAUUAUAGAUUAAUGUAUUUUUUGCUUGAUAGCAAUAUGUUUGUCGAUUAUAACCGUAUAUUUAGCUCCAUAGCAACAAAUGUUUGCGUAACCGGCCUAAUUAUUAUCUUGAGAAAUAGAUAUUAGGGAUUUUGUUUUACUGGUAUACAUUUAAUUGCAGACUUAUAUUAUUAUACGUAAUCCAGAUUUUCAUGAGCAAACUGAAGCAGUAGCUAUAAAUGUUAUAAUGCUAAACAGUUUUAUAAAGACGUGUUUAUGGUUAUACAUCUGUAUUGUAUUAUCACUCUUAAGUGUAGGACAUCAUGAUAUCACAAUAAUAAAUAUUCUUAAAUCAGUGUUGAAUGGUGUGUAUUAAUGUGAAGGUUGUUGAUCUCAAAACAUCUGUAAACCUGUUUUAUAUGCUGCCCAGCUAUAUUAUGAUAACAAAAACCAAAUAAACAUUAUUAAUCUAAUAAAACA